AUGAAUGCCAUUGUGACAAGGAGUGGGAAGAUUCUAGAUGGUAGUGCUAGAGCUAGUAAGGUUUCCGAGUCAAAAGGGAAAGAUCAAAAUGGGAUUGUUGGGUCAAAUGACGAUGAUGCGGUAGAAGAGGAGCCUCACAUAGAUGAUGCGAAUGAUGUUUCAAAGCCAAAAGAGGCUACUCUUCUACCUCUCCCCACUCCUAAACUUCCCUACCCCCAAAGGUUUAUAAGGCAUAAGUUGGAUGUUCAAUUCUCGAAAUUCCUAGAAGUUCUUAGGAAAUUGCAUAUUACCAUUCCCUUUACGGACGCAUUGAAGCAAAUGCUAACCUACUCAAGAUUUCUUAAGGAAAUUUUGAGUGGGAAGAGAGAUUGCGACGUAAAGGAAACGGUGAAUUUGACCGAGAAUUGUAGAGCCAUCAUUCUAAAUCAAAUGCCCCCAAAACUCAAGGAUCCGGGAAGUUUUUCUAUCCCAUGUGCAAUCAAAGCCCUUGAAAUUGGGAAUGCCCUAUGUGAUUUGGGGGCUAGUGUGAGUUUGAUGCCAUAUUCGGUGUUCACUACACUUGACAUUGGAGAGUUGGUACCUACCAAUAUCACACUUCAACUUCCCGACCGAUCGGUCAAAUAUCCAAUCGGCAAGGUUGAAGAUGUGCCAUUGCGAGUAGGCAAGUUCGCCAUCCCCGUGGACUUUGUGGUGCUCGAUAUUGAUGAGGACGCUCAUACUUAUUGUGGUUUCCCUUGGUAUUUUGCGACCCUACAGGCUUUGAACUCUGAUUUCCGGAUUGGUUAUACCCUGAAUUCCCUUGGUUACCACUCCCUCUGUCAUUUUGUUCCUUUUUCUGCUUGGUGA